AUGUUGUCUUUCAAGUUUAGAAAUCUGGAAUUUAUAUGGGAAAUUGCUGGUUGUGAGGCAUUAGUCUCUGUUGAAGCGCUGUUUUUGUUUUUUGUUUUAAUGUUUUCUGUUCGAUUACUUUGGCCACCAAAAUUCUUCAACGCUUUAAGAGUAAAAAGGUCUGUGUGCCGUAAAAGUGAAGUUGAGGAAGCUGAAGGACCUACUGAACGAAAGCUGUUGGCAGGGAAGAAGAUAUUGAUGGUGGAUGUUUGGUCUUAUAGAGCAGAAGUGGCUUAUGGUUUUUUGUUAAUGAAUUGGGUUGAGAAAACUAGAAGAAUCAGGGAAGUAGAGGAAGUGUACGGUUUUCGUGUGCCGAUUAUAGCGUUAACUGCCAGUGAAGGAGAGGAGACUGGAGAAGAUGGUUCAGGCUGGGGUGGAUAA